AUGUCGAAUGAGUCCAAACUCCAAAAAAUUUUAAGUAUAUUAAACUCACCGAUAGAUUUGGAAAAGUAUAUUGAAAUGUUGGAAUCUAUAGAUCUAGUUUUAAACGUUAACGAUGAUGAAAAAGAUUAUUUUAUCUGUCCAGAGGAGGCUAAUUUGCAACUACCGAACGUGUUUUUGAGGCAAACGAAACUUUUAGAAUGCAAGCAAUUUAUCAAAUCGAAAGCUAGUAGUUGCAUGGGAGAACAUUUUUAUGAAAAUUGUCGGGAGAUACUUGAUUUUCUCGAAUCCGUCGAGUUGCAAGAGCCAGAGUUUAUGGAGAGCAGAAAGAAAUCGGAUAUAGACGUUGAUCUGCUCCGUGAACUCGUAAAGAAAUACAUUUAUUAAUAAAUACGUACUCCGUGG